AGCUAAGGGGGCCCAGCCUGAAGGCCAGUUAGGGGGAGAUUUGGGGUGAGUGGCUAUUGGUUCCUUUGGAACCCUUGGAGUGUAAAUUGCUAAAUGGUACACAAGGGAACUAUACAUUUGGAGAAAAUAAUAAAAUUAAUUGUAUCCAGAAUGCUUGGGUCCAAGAUCUUUCUGUUUCAGUGAGAAAAAGUUAUCUCAAAUUCAUCACGUGAAAAGUCAUGGACGAUAUUCAAUUCAAGAAACAAAAAAUGUUUCUACACAUUCAUUUCAAGAUUUUUCCCUUAGACUUAAAUUGAGUUUACAUAAGUGAUCAAUGGUUACAUAAGUAUUUCUGAGUUGAAUUGCAUCUGAAAUUGAUUAUCGUCUGACGUUUCACUUGAUAAACUUUUACAUUAAUAAAUUGAAUCUGGCACAUUAUGUUUAAUAAAUUUGUUUUUUAUCUCAAGGAACCCCAUACUGCAAAUAUUAAAAAAAAAAUUUGCAGGCCCCACUUUUCUAGGCUACUUCUCAGGAUGGCAGCAAAAAGAACACAUUCAGAUUCUGCAGGACCUUCUGACCAUGCAGAAAGACCAUCAAGGCGUGAACAACUGUUCAUUGAAAUGCAGGCAAGAGCCUGUUCACAGAAUCAUGGGCCUUCCUUCCCUUUUAAUCCAAGAAGAGCACCAAGAACUACAGCAACUCAAAAUCGAAUUGCAGAAAAUGACCCAUUAAUAAGAGUUGGAAACACAAACUGGUGCACAUGCAAGAACUGCAUUGUUAUGCCAACAAAAAUGGAAUCUAUUUGCUGCCGUGAGAAUCGCAAUACAUUAAGUCUCAUUCCAGAAGGAGGACAAUGUGUUACUGAAAAUAGAGAUUUUACAUCAAGAUGUCUAAAGAAAUCCGAAAUAGAUUUCAUAUUCAGAGUUUUGGGCACAGUCACUCGCAGUCAUACUAAUGACCCGGAAUACAAUAGAAACUUGCGCAAAACGGCAUAUAGGUGUUUCACGGUCUUGGCUCAUGGAUACCUAGGAGCUGGCAUUAGGAGACCAAUACCUGCAUGUGCAGUAAAUGCCAUCCGACAAACGUACCCUGACCCAGAUGGACUGUAUGUUGGAUUCAAAUUUGCAGAAGAUUAUGAUGCUUCUGACAUGGCUCUUAGUUUAUAAUUUUUUUUUUUUUAAAGAUAUAUUUUGUUAAAAAUUUCAGUUUGUUAAUUACACUUCAGUUUCCAAAGUCGACUGAAAUUUCCUAGUGAGGCAACUUC